UCUCUUGUGUGUUUUUCACAGGCACACAGAUGCUUCAAGACACUCAGACGAUUUAAAUUUACUUGUUAUUUGUUUGUUUAGUUGUAUUUCUUAAGGAAAGUCUCUGGAGCAAAAGAAGGAAGAUCAGAGUGACAGCCAAGGCAUCUCAGUAACUUAAUGACGAAGGGAAGUGUUGGAGGCAGCUAUGCCGGGGUCCUUCCUCGUAAUUCAGCACUGCCCUCCCUCACCGACAUGUGGACUGGAGUAGCAGUGAAACUGAUUACCUUGAAGUUACAUCCUGGAGCAGCUGAGCAGGAUUUUCUUUGAGAUUUAGAUCUACAGGCCCUUUCUUCCCCAUAGCCUGCCCACUCUGCCUUGGACAAGCUAUGGCAGCAGAUGAAGGUUUGCUUCUCAAUAUUUCAGAGGACUGGACUUUCCCAGGCUUUCACCGACCAGAGCACAAGAAGUUCCCCAGAUCCUUCGCAGCCAAGGAGAGAAGGGGAACACCAAAGCAAGCAAAAGGUACAAAAAGAAAAUUCCAAGGGGCCAGUGAAGGGCCCCCACCAAAACAAAAGAAUGAAAUAUCCUUACCCCCUGCCAAGAAAACCAAUGUUAAAGAGGUUGAAAGGACUGUGAAGGGAAAGCCAGAAGGUCUGAUUUCUCCAAAGAAGCACCCAGCUGUCCAUACUAAUGAGGGACAAGUGGAGAGGCCAUUCAUUAAGACUUCGUCAUUAUUUAAAAACAACCCUGAAAUUCCAGAGAUCCACAGAGCUGUGGUGAAUCAGGUUCGAGAAAAAGUGUUCACUUCAGAUUCUUUUCAUGAGUUGGGCCUCCAUCCACACUUGAUUUCAACAAUAAACACUGUCUUGAAAAUGUCCAGUAUGACCAGUGUUCAGAAGCAAAGUAUUCCUUCAUUGCUAGAAGGCAGAGAUGCUCUUGUGAGAUCCCAGACAGGAUCAGGUAAAACGCUUGCCUAUUGCAUCCCUGUGGUUCAGUCUCUUCAAGCAAUGAAGUCAAGAAUACAGCGCAGUGAUGGCCCCUAUGCUCUGGUAUUAGUGCCAACAAGAGAGCUGGCUCUACAGAGCUUUGAUACCAUCCAGAAACUGCUUAAGCCAUUUACCUGGAUUGUGCCCGGAGUGUUAAUGGGGGGGGAAAAGAGAAAAUCAGAAAAGGCCAGGCUACGCAAAGGGAUAAACAUCCUAAUCUCAACCCCUGGACGUCUGGUAGAUCACAUUAAAUCCACUAAAAAUAUUCACUUCAGUCGAAUACAGUGGUUGAUCAUUGAUGAGGCAGACAGGAUCCUGGACUUGGGUUUUGAGAAGGACAUCACCGUGAUUCUCAACGCCAUAAAUUCAGAGUGCGAGAGACGCCAGAAUGUCCUGUUGUCAGCCACUCUUACUGAGGGUGUAACAAGGUUGGCAGAUAUCAGUUUGCACAAUCCAGUCAGUAUUUCUGUAUCAGAUGAAUCCUGUGACCAGCGCAUCAAAGGAUGCAAAGCAGCCAGAGAAGCCAGUCACCUACAAACUGGUGCUGAGCCGGACAGUUUUGCCGUGCCUGAGAAACUCCAACAGCAUGUGAUGCUGGUUCCCAGCAAACUGAAACUCGUCACAUUAGCAGCCUUCAUUCUUGGAAGAUGUGAGUUUGAAAAAAACCAGAAGCUGAUUGUCUUUUUCUUGAGCUGUGAGCUGGUCGAGUUCUACUACCACCUCUUCCUCCAGACCCUGCUGGGCAGCUCCAUGGCCCCAGCAUCAGGACAGUCACCAUCUGCCUCCUCCCGAUUAAAAUUCCUACGUCUGCAUGGCAACAUGGAACAGGAGGAAAGAACAGCAGUUUUUCAGGAGUUCUCACAAUCCAAAUCAGGCAUCUUGCUUUGUACGGACGUUGCAGCUCGGGGCUUAGAUCUCCCUCAGGUCACAUGGAUCGUUCAGUACAACGCUCCAUCUUCACCUGCAGAAUACAUCCACCGGAUUGGGAGAACCGCCCGGAUUGGCUGCCAUGGGAGCAGUCUGCUCAUUUUGGCUCCUUCGGAGGCAGAAUAUGUCAACUCGUUGGCUUCUCACAAAAUCAAUGUAUCCGAGAUAAAGAUGGAGGAUAUUUUGUCUAUUUUGGCAAUGGAUGAUCGUUUUAAAGGAAGACGAUGGGGGAACAAGAAAUCCCGCAGUGUUGGCCCCCAGGAAAUCCGAGAGCGAGCCACUGUCUUGCAGACAGCAUUUGAAGAUUACGUGCAUGCCAGUGCGGAGAGGGUCUCCUGGGCAAAGAAAGCUCUACAGUCUUUCAUCCGUGCCUAUGCAACCUACCCCAAGGAUCUGAAGCACAUUUUUCAUGUCCGAUCCCUCCAUCUUGGUCAUGUGGCCAAGAGCUUUGGGCUAAGAGAUGCCCCCCGGAAUCUGAGUGCCUCUUCAGGAAACAAAAGGAAAUCAAAGCUGAAAAGGCCUGACCUUCAUAAGAAGACCCAGAGUAAACACCGUCUUGCUGAAAUCUUGCGUUCAGAAUACUCAAGUGGGAUGGAAGCUGGCGACGCCAAGGUCAAAAAGCAAAACAAACAUGGAAAACCCAGCAAGCACACACUGCAGAGCUGAGUUGGAGCUCCCAACCUUUGCUGUGGGGGAAGGAAAAGAAAAUCUGUCUCUGUGAAACACUGGAAAAGCCCACAAAGAUGUUCUGUGGGCCAGUGAGACUUAGCUAAGACUCCUCAAAAACUGCCUCUCUAUGUGGCACUGAGCCUCAAGAUGGAUCCUGGAAGUUCUGAAUUGGUAAAUGUCCUAUUUUUGUCAGAGGAACCUUAUUAAAAAUAAGCAUGUUUCUCUUUUCCUGCAUACCAAAUUUCAAAACAUAAUUGAACCCACAGCCAAUAUCUUUUGUGAGUGGAGCAAAAAUAGAAACCAAGGGGAGUAACAUCACAGCAACAAUUAGCUAAUUACUUGAUAUCUCUAUUCAUUCAUUCCAUUGACACCAGAAGCUGAUCAGUCCUUUUAAGUGAGCAGGAGUAAAAAUGAAAGACAAAAGAACUCCAUCCUAAGUCACUGAACAUAUUUGGAUGUGCCAUACAACUAAAGCCUACUAUGAUCUAGGCUAGCCUAUGAAGUGUAUUAAACCUGCAUCACAUGCCAGUGUUUUAGCAAAGUUUCACUAUGUUUUAUUUUUGUACUAUUUGGUACCUUUGAUUUUAUUUGUAAAGCACAAUCUGUGACAUGAAGAGUAGCUAUGCGACCUUAGACAAGUCAUAUCCCUUCUCUGGGCCUGAGUUUCCUCAUCCACAAAGUAAGGGGGCAAGAUUUUUUGAUUUCUAAGGUCUCUUCCAACUCUCGAAGUAUGAUUCUGUGAAAUGGGUGUAUAUAAGGGGGAAAUUUUAUUUCUCAAAAUUCCCUUUCUCAAUUCAUGCAUGAAGUGGUCUGUAAGAAGGACUAAGAAUCAUUUUGUAAAAGUAAUCAGAAAUAUGACAAUGUUGUGAUAUAUCCCGAGCCUCUUUAUUUUCUCUAAAUUUGUUGCUGUAAAUACAAUGUCACUUUUCUAUUAUUCUGUGCGUUAUUCAAAGGUAUUCUUUCAGGCUAAUUGAUUUAUUGUUGUCUUUUUACUAUUUGCCUUUGAAGUCAAAAGACACCAGUGCCUCUGUGUUUUUCUUCCUGGUGAAACCCAACAGGGUUCCACAAGAGGCGUGUACUUCUUUGUGUUGUGACCUGGGGCAUAGCUUCCCCAUUGGGUCUGGCUGCAGGACUGGUGAGAGCCCCUUUCCCCCCUUGAGAAGUAUUGAUUUCCCAAUAAAUGCAAUAUUUACAUACAGGAAAUGCUAGAGAAGGUCACAAGAGAAAGGGCUAAAAAUCUCAGCAGUUUUCUUCAUGUUGAAGAGCCCUGUGCAGCACCUUGACUAGGGCAUUUCCAGGCCAUCCUCCUCUGUGAUUACUAAAUGACCAUGUCUAGAUUUUCUGUGACAAAGUUCUUAGAAAUUCCAAAGGAAAUACCAGAUUUGAAUUAGCUAACUGACCAGUAGAAUAAUGUAAGCUUUGAGAAGAUUCAAAUUUACCAAGUGGUAAAGGGGGAGAGUGUCAAGUCUUCCCUUUCUGAUAGUGGGCAAUCAGAUUCAAGUCAAAUGUCAUCUAGAACACUACAAUAGAAAUGACUCAGAGUGUGUGAGGUAGAGUGUGAGCCUAGUAAAAAUUGAUCUUCUGCAUGAGGAAAAAUAUGACCUUCUCAGAGUCAGCUGUCACAUAUGAAUUAAUAGGGACUGUUGGCAAAAUUUAUAACAAUAAUAAUAAUAAAAAACCCUGCAGCAAUGUCAAAAAUGACUUUGGGCAAAUCUGCCACCCUCUCUUUUAUUUUGAUGCAUAAUAGUUCAAAUGAUUUGGAUGAGAAAAGAAGGGAUCAAACUUUUUAUAGACAAAACCUAGCUGUGUGGGAAAUAGGAUUAAUGCCAGCGAUUGGGGGUGAUCAAAGGCAAAAACCUACAUAUUUUUUCAAGUAUUCGUUCUAUUAAAAGAUGAAUAAUCAUAAGGAUAUUUCACAUUCCUGGAGUAAAAAAUGCUAUAACUAUUCAAAGAAUAAAUGUGUAUAUCAUUAUGUGUA